AUGCUUUUACGUCACGUGCAGAUAAGACAAAAGAAAAAAGUGCUCUUGACGGCUGGAAUUUUGUUGUGUGUAUGUUUCAUGCUUUUACGUUACCACGUGUCUAAUGGACCCAUUUCCCAACACUGGAAGACAUUUACUAAAUCGAGCAUUCACAGAGUGGGCGCCAUUUUCCCCAAAGAUUCACCCGUUCCAGCUACAGUCUCCUCGUCUUACGUCAUAGAAAACGCGGGAAUAUGCUCUUCACUUCUGACCUUGACAUAUGUCAUUAUCGUGCACACUGCACCCAAGCAUUUCGAAAGACGAGCACGCCUGCGCAAAACCUGGGCGAACAACACCUAUUUUAAGGGCAUCAACUCUCGAGUCGUUUUUCUCCUGGGAAGUGUUCCCGACUGGAGAUUACAGCGGAAAAUCUACCUUGAAAGCAACCAAUUUGGUGACAUUGUGCAAGGCACUUUUCGAGAUCACUACAGAAACCUUACAUUGAAGGCAGUAAUGGGUUUGAGGUGGGUCACAGAAAAUUGCCCCCAAGCUGAUUACGUCAUUAAAACGGAUGAUGACGUCUUUGUCAAUAUUCCGCAGGUUAUGAAGUCAGUGUUUCCCAUUCUCUCCAAACAGAGCCGACAGAUCGUAUGCUCCGUGGAACCACACGCCUCUAUAUUCCGGGAAGGGGGUCCGGAAAAAAGUCUGGAGAAAUGGAUGAUGCCACAGGAGUAUUUCGAAUCACUAGAGAAGUAUCCGAUGCCAUUCUGCUACGGAUAUGUAACGUUUUAUACCACAACACUGGCCUCGGAGUUGUUUAAAAUGGCCAAAUCUACACCUUUUUAUCGUUUGGAUGAUGUAUACGUCUACGGAAUCCUGGCCAGUAAAGUUAGAGGUGUGACGUGGAGAGACGCUAGUGAGACUUAUUACAACAACGAGAAAGACACGAGAGCUACCCUGGACAACCAGUUUAGCAAACCGCUAAUCGCUGGCGUAGUCAACACAGAAGAGGACAUGAUGCGGCUGUUUCGACAGUCGACACAGUCAAGUUCAUUGAAUAACUUUUACAAAUAA